ACCGACACAGCCAGGAGGGGCCUUUUCACCGUUGGUAACCUGCAUUUGUUUCGACUGCACGACUGCACCUUUAGCAGUAUUUGUUUCUCACCUUUAGCAACCACCCUCCAAUCUAACAAUGGUGGAAGCUAUGGUGGACGACUUGGAAGCUUUUGUUCAUGAGGAGGAGCAACAAGAGCAAGACCAAGUCUUGCCUCCAGCCAUGGCGCUGGCGCGUGGCCAAUCCUACACGGUCGAUGCCAACCAAGAAGAGCAGACCUGUGUUUCCUCUGUGACAGGAAUGUACGACCUCUACCCACCCACUGGCAACAUGUAUCCAGUGUUGACACGCAUGGACAGUGAAGGAGAUGACGGAAAACCGGGUCUGCAUUCUGUACUUUUUCCUGCCGCGGAAGAGACCGACACACAUGUGACCAGCACGAGCACAGCGUUUGGCAGCAGUGUGGGAAAAUCAGAGUUGGAGCAGACGGAAGCAUCCAUUCUUCAGGCGGCUGCAGCAGAUGGAAAAUUGGGUCUUCCAGCAGGCACAAGUCCUCAAAUCCUGCCUGAAAAAGGAGGAAAGGGAGGUUUGGACAAUAGCCGAAAAGGAUUGGGGCAAACUAAAGAAUCGAUACUGAAGGCAAAUGGAGCAGACAUCGAAGAGGGCCAAAAAGCUUCAAUCAACGAGCCUGCAGGGGAAAGCGCCCAGUCGGCUACUGGGAAGAGCGCUUCUGUGCCGGGAAACAUAAAAGAAGGCACUCCUUUUGCAACUAACAUGAACGAACAACAACUGCUUCUUGUAGUGCAGCAAAAUUUUGAAAGCUACGCUGGCACAGCCAAAUUAGAAGGAAACACUGGGAUAGACACUGAACAAAGAAUCGAAAAUCCCACUAAAACUUUGGAAGACAACAUAACGUCAAUUGACUCCACCCAACCACUCGGCUUGCUACCAAGUCGAAACAUCACACUUACCGCUCCGGGUAGAAACAUCACACCUACAGCUCCGGGUGCGUUCAAUGUGGGACCAUUCACUCCAAAUGAGGAUGAGGAUCAGAAUCCUACCAUCACAGAACCUUCUCCAGCUGCUCCACACGACAAUUCAAAUCAAUCAGGGUUACCAGCCAGAAAUAAUGUUGGCACUGUGGCAGUUGCUGGCGCCGUGGCAGUUGCUAGACCUGUGGCUGAAAAUGAAGCACCAACUCAGAUUGCCAGGCCUGACAAAGAAUUCAAAAACAAGAAAACGAGAUCAUCUACAUUGGUUAUUUCGAUCCUUCUUGGCUGUCUCCUCGUGAUUGGGGUGACAGUUGGUUCAAUCUGUGGUGCUGGAAUAUGCACUGGCAGCAAUGCAGAUAUGGAGACUCAGGCUCCCACUUCUAUUCGGUUCUUUGUUCUCGCAGAAAUCCAAGACAAGAUAGUUAAAACUUUUGGUCGUGAUUAUUUUCCUACAACCAAUGGAGAGGUGGAGCUGGAACCUGGGCACCCGCGUAUUCAGGCUCUCAACUGGCUUGUGUUUGAGGAUCCCUUGCAGCUAACCCCAGAUGCAGAUCAUCUUCUCCAGAGAUUCAUCAUGGCAUUGACCUACCUUCAGACUUCUCAAAACACUGGCUGGCGGAUAUGCGAACAAUCUAUGACAACUGAAACCUGUUGGAUGGAUGUGCGGGGUCGUGGAGAAGAGUCAACCAAUCGAUGGCUCACUGGAGUUCAUGAAUGUGGGUGGGCAGGGGUAUACUGUGAAGAUGAAACUAUGAAUAUGACUUCCUUGGAGCUUGAGAACGUUGGAUUGAAUGGCCCUUUGCCCAUGGAACUAGCAAGUCUUCCAGAAUUGAAAAGAUUGCGCCUGGCGGGGAACGUUCUGUAUGGAACCAUACCCAUUUCGUACAGCAGCUUUCCUUCCCUUACAUCGCUUGACCUCGAACACAACAAAUUAUCAGGCAAAAUUCCUACAGAUUGGUUUGGAACCAGGCUCGAAGGAGCAUUAUUCACAAACAAUUCUCUCACUGGAACCAUACCAACAGAGGUUGGACUCUUUGAUACAAAGUAUUUUCGCUUUGGGUCAAACAGCCUAUCAGGUUCCAUCCCUACAGAAUUGUUUCGACCAAGGGAAGGAAAGUCUGUUUCUUUAGCUUUUGAUGACAACCUGCUUACCGGGACUCUCCCCACUGAGAUUGGUAGAUUUCAUGGGAGCAAUGCUGUUAUCUCAUACUCCUUCGGAGGAAAUCCGUUAACCGGGAACAUCCCAUCAGAGAUAUCCCUCUUGGGGGGUUCACUGAGAGAAUUUUUGCUUGGUGGAACUGCCCUAAAUGGCACUCUACCAGAGGAACUCUUUGCCAGUUGCACAGAGAUCUAUGGCUUUGAUGUUUCAAGCUCUGAUUUGACCGGCACGAUCAGCACCAGUUUGGAGCAAAUGACAAGACUACGAUACUUUGACAUCUCGAACAACAGGUUUCAUGGUACGAUUCCUCAACAGCUUUCUGCCCUGACUGAGCUAAGGAAAUUCCAUGUGAAUGGCAACAAUCUCUCUGGUUCCAUUCCGCACUCAAUUUGUGCUCUGGCCCGCCCGCAAAUAGAGUCCUUUGAAGUGGCAGCUGAUUGUUUGCCCACUGAAGGAGUACAUGAUCCUUUGGUAGAGUGCUCUUGUUGCACUUUAUGUUGCGAUGGAGAAUCCAGAGAUUAUUGCCUCGAACAGUAGCAACCACUUGCCUUGCUACAAAGGCUAUAAAGCUCUGAUUCUACUUGCUUGCUACCAUACUGAACAUGCGACCAAUGCCACCUACAUCCAUUUCGCAUCAGCAAUGUUACGAACAAAGUGCUUAGUCUAUAGAACACCAUUCACAAAGCCUACCUUCACAAAGUUAUUGCUAUCU